AUGUCUAAAACUACCGCUAUCAUUUCAAGCGGUUUUACAAGUUCAUCAUUAUCACCACCAACAUAUACUCUAGCUGUAGUUAGUAUUAAUCCAUUAUCAGGUAAAUCAUCAUUAUGUAAACGUCUUAUUGAUUCAAAUAUUGAUAAUUAUCAAUCAUUUUUAUUAAAAAAUAAAUCCACUAAUAAUCAACAUAUAGCAACAUGGUUUUAUUGGGGUACAGUAAGACAUCGACGUUCAGAUGAAAAACGUGAAGCAUUAUUUCAUUUAAUUGAACAUUCAACAAUAGCUAUUGAUGAUAAUGAACAAUAUGAUAAUUAUAUAAAACGUAUAACAUCAUUAACAUUACGUCCAGAAGAAAAAUUUCAAAAUGAUUCAGAUUAUCCACAAAUAAAAACAUUUCCAAAAGAUAAAAUAACCAUUGAUGUUUUUUUAUGUAUACAUGAUUUAUCAUUAUCGAAACAAACAUCCGAACUUUUAUUUCUUCUUCAUUCAUUAUUUAAAACACGUCGUCCUGUAUUGAUUAUAACAACGAAAAAUGAUUUAAUUGAAAAUCAAUCCGAUUGUGCAUUACAAUUUGAACAAUCAAUACGUCGUUCAUCAUCAAAUGAUUCACAAUUAUUAUUAAAUAUACCUAUUAUACAUACAUCAGCAAAUGAACAUGUGAAUAUUCAAGCUGUACUUGAACUUGCUUUAUAUGCAUGUGAUGAACCAAUAUUAUUAUCAUCAUCAUCAAGAAAAUCUUCACAUUCAAAUAUACUAAUGAUUAAAUAUAUUCCACCAACAUAUAAAGAUGCCUAUAGAAAUGAACAAUCAUUAAAACAUGUUAUACAAACUGAAUAUAAAACGUUACUAACAAGACAUGUUUUAGAUUUUCGAUUAGGUUCAUGGAUAAAAUUUUAUACUAAUUGGCAACAUCAUACAAGUAUACAAACAUUUAUUGAUAUGUUCGGAAAACAACAAGCUGAACGUUUAUAUGAUGAACAUAUUGAUGAAUUAAUAAGAAUAUCAAGACAAAAAUUAAUUGAUGAAAGAUUAAUUCCAAUUGUUGAAUUACUUGUUACAGAUCAAAAAACGAAAUUAUCAAGAAAUUGGGAUUAUGUACGUUUACAAAUGCAAAAACAUCCUCGUUAUUCGUCAACUGUGAUACCAUCUUCGAUGUGGUCAGAUUCUGAGCAUAACAAUGGAGAUCAAUCCUCAUCUUUAAUCAUUCCCGAUGAUAUACUCGAUACAGUUGAAGCUCGUCUUCGUUUUGAAUCUUAUAUCAAUAGUCGUCAAUUAGAACAAACUCGUCGUGCAAAUUGUCGUUCAUUUUUUGAUUUAUUAAAUCGUUUUUCUGAUGCUGGCCUUGUUCAAUAUGGUCAUUCCUAUGAAAAAGAUUGUGUUUAUUUUUUGGGUCGUGAAUGUUAUGAAUCAUUAAAUGCUCAAGAUCGUCUACGUGUAUUUGCAUUUCAUCAAUCAUAUCUUUAUCGUUUAUUAUGUUUAAAAUUUGUUGAAUUAUUAUUGGAAUCAUUUGAAAUAUUUAUUAAUACAUUUCAAAAAAUGAAUUCAGCAACAACACAUAAAUUAAGUAAUGAUAGAAAAAUUACUACUCUCACUAUUGAUGAUAUAUUCGAAAAAGAAAUAAUUCAACAAAUAAAACAUGAUUCAAGAUAUCAAGCAUUAAAUAAUCGUGAAACAGAUCGUCAUAGAUUAAUUAUGUGUCAUUGUCAUUUUUUAUAUGAUUGUAUUUAUUAUCCCCCAACAAGAAAUCUAAAUCGAUUAUUAAAACAACGUAAACGUUCAUUUAAACGACGAAAAUCUUCAUUACAAUCAUUAUAUAGUCAUAAUAUAAAUAUUGAUGAAAAUUUUUGUCCAUAUACACGUAGAUUCUCAUUAAAUACUUAUGAAAAUGAAGGAAUAAAUAAGAAAAAAUUUGAAAUUGGUUGUCCAAUGGAAGAAACAUGUGCCGAUGUACGAAUUAUAAAUGAAUUUUUUUCUUUAACACCUUUGAAGAAAAAUGUUAAUAAAAAUAUUUUAAUUUGUGGAAAUGAGAAUGAUAUGAGUAAUUGUCUUCGAAUACUUUCCAAUGAUUCAUCGUUGAUCAAUGAAUUUCAAAUUAAUUUAUGGACAUUAAAUAAUGUCAAAACACAAUCAAUAAAUGGUUGUCUUAUUGUUUCACCAACAGGUCGAGAGAUUCUCGAAGAAUUUAUUUCUCAAAAGCGAUUCCCUAUUAAUAUUAAAACUAUUCCAAUUGUGAAUCUAAGUUUUCAACUUCUUAAUGAUUCCACUCAGAACAUUCCAAAUGAAAUAACAAUCGAACAACUUAGAUCAUCACUUGAACAACUUUUAUCAAAUGAAAAAAUUGUGUCAACUAAAAAUCAAUUUGAUCUUCGAAUUGUAAUUUGUUUCAUGUGUGGCGGAGAAAAUAAUGAUGUUGAAAAAUUUUUUUCUCAAUUAUCAUCACGUUUUUCUCUUAUGGUAACUAAUCAAUAUGGAGAAUUAUCAUUUGUUGUUAAUGCUUUUAUUGGACGAUCAAAUAGAAAAAUUCAAUUUAUUCCUGUUUCAUUUCAUUUAAUAUUUACUAUUAAACUAAUUGAUUUUGAUGGAUUUAUUUUAUUCUAUGAUCAAGAUCGAAAAGCAGCUAUGAAUACAAUGACAUAUUUGGAAAAACACAUUUCAACAACAUUACAAAAUGAAUUAUUAAAAAAAGCUGAUGAUAAUGAAGAAAUGGUUGGAACAAAAAUAAUACAUCCACCUAUUUACAUAUUAUCUUAUAUUAAAGAUUUAUCUACGUCGAAUAUUAAAAAAUAUCCUCAUACCGAUCAUAGUGUUCAAUCUCAUCAUGGAACAAUAAGAAAUUUUGUUGAAUCUCACCUUUUACCUUUUCUUAAUCAAUGUUGGACUGGAAAAAAUGGUAAUACAAUUGAGAAUGAUUAUUGUCAAAGAGACAAACUUCUUAUUGGUGUUACAUCUUAUUUUGAUCGUGCAACUCAUGUAUCAGCUAGCGAUCUAAUGACAUCUAGUCUUGAACGUACACAUAAACAAUUAUUAACAAAUAGUGUAAAUGAUCGAGCAGGUUCUUUAGUAUUAUCAAGUAAAUCAAACGAACAUUCACCACGACAUCAAUCUUCAAUAUUAACACCAACAAACCACGAACAAAUGUUUUCUUAUCGAUCUUACUCAUAUGUAUCGAUAUCAAAUAAUGGUGCUGAAUCAACAAUAGUUCCAACAACACCUGUUGAUCCAUCUGUAAAAAAUCUUGGUUUAAUAUCUCCAUCAUCGAUAUCAACGUCAUCGAUAUCUGAUAGUCAACAUCAACAAUUUAAAAAAUCAACUAGUAUGCGUUUUGCUAAACUUAUGGAACAUCCAACCGAUGGUACCAGUUACCAAUCAUCACCCAGUAAUGCAAAUAAAGAAAGUUCAUUAACAAAACAUAGCCGAAUAAACGAAAUCUCAUCAAGAUUAUCAUCAUCAGAAGACAUGAAAUUUCAUUUAUAUAAACAUCGAACUGCUCCACAAGUUAAAGUACCAUUAGCUACACCCGAAAUAAUUGAAUUCAAUGAAUCAAUAGCAACACCUUUUUCUAUUAAACAAUAUUCUGAUACAUCACUAGUUUUAUCCAAUAAUCAUACUGAUGAUAUACCAGCCGUCAAUUCUUCAUCAUCAUCACCGCCUACAAUCCAUCAACAAAAUCAAAAUCAUAGUAGUACAGUGGAUGAAUCGAUUACAGACUCAUCAAAACAAACAAGAGCAACUGAUUCAUCUUCUGAUAGUUCAAGUGAUGAACUUUUGCUAAAUCAACGUGAAUCAUCAACAACAUUACAUAAUAUAAAUUCACCAACAAAUAAUCAACAACAAAGUACUGUUACUUUACAAAGAAAAGUAUCAGAUAGAAAAUCAAAACGUGUACGUGCUAAACAAAAUGAUGUUACAGGUUUAACAUCGAGUAAUGAAGUAUUAAAAAAAACUGGAUCUGAUGAUGAAAUUUUAGUCGAUGAUGAUAAACGUCUUCCACAACAGCAACAUCCAAAAAAGAAACGUCGACCUAGUUUUAAAAGACGAAAAAAAGCUGUUUAUGAUCAAGCACAAACUGAUUCCGGAAUUGAUUCUCGCAUGGAAUCAAAAGACACGCAUAAAAUUAGUAUUGCCCCCGAACCAUCAUCAUCAUCAAAUGUUGUCAUAUCGAACGAAGAUGAUUCAAGUAUAGGCGAUUAUACAAAAGAUAGUAAAAAUACAUCCAUUGAAGAACUUGAAGAACGACCAACAGCUAAUUGGAUUCGUCGUCAAUUACAAUAUUUUGCUCAAGUUCGACGUGAUAAAAAUGAUUUAAAAACUCGUUCUCCUGCUGCAACAGUCACAUCUAUUUCUUCGCCACCAUUACCUUCAUUUAAAGCAACAAUGACUUCAACUCCUCCAAAUUCAACUACAAGUGCAUCUCCAUUAUCAUCUGUUGAAAAUUCUCAUCAUCAUUCUCCACUACGUUUAUCAUUAAGUCGUUGUAUUCAAUCAAAGGAAUCAGGUGUACCGUUAUUUAUUGAAAAAUGUAUUACAUUUAUUGAAGCAUAUGGAUUAGCUGUUGAAGGACUUUAUCGAGUAUCCGGAUUUAAAAAUCAAGUUGAAUUAGUUAUUAAUAAACUUACUGAAGAUCCAUCAUAUGACCUUCAUUUAUUACAAGUUCCAGCAAGUGCAGUAGCAACAGCAUUAAAAGACAUGAUGAGAAAACUUGAUGAACCACUAUUAUCAUUAGAAUUAUUUGAUGAAUGUAAAAAUUUAACAAUUGAUCAACUACGUGAACAAAAUUUUACUUCAUUGCGAAAAGCUUUGUCUCGAACAAGUGAACUUAAAUAUCGAACAAUCAAGUUUAUUUUUAAACAUCUUCAUUUUGUUUCACAACAUGCUGCUUCGACACAUAUGGAUUCAUCAAAUUUAGCUGUUUUAUGGUGGCCAAAUUUGUUUCAACCACAAUUUCGUGAUUUACGUACAGCUGAACAAACAUGUCAAAGAGCGAAACCAUUAAUUCAAGCAAUUAUUGACAACUAUCCAAUAAUCUUUUCUUCGGAUGAAAUAAAAUGA